AUGUCCAGCUCCACCACUACUCUCAACGUGGUCACAGACAGCACCCGCCCCGCCGCCGCCAACAUCAUUCUCCGCCCAACUCAAGCACUGACAGGCGGAGUCAUGAAGAACAUCCACGCGGACGGCGUCUGCACGUAUGAGGACCUAGUGAUCCGCGCAGAUGGCGAGCCGGCGCAACAAGGGAAUUUACAUAUUCUCUACCCCGGCACUGCUACCGUCAAGCUGUGGUACGGCGAACCAAACAUCACUCGAGAUGUUCAUACCAUCAUUCCCGCUAUUCGAGCCCGGGAGCAGCUACCGUUCCCCCAUGGCCGAAAUCCGUAUGCCGGACUUCGAACGUCGCGGGUCGAGCGUGUUAGCGAUCACGAGAAGCGGAUCGUGACGAAGAAAGCUGCGACCGCCGUUUUCGAGUUUGGGGAACAGUCUGUCCGAGUCCGCGCACAUGGCGAGAUUGCCCUCGAGUGCCUUGAGCCCGAGGAUGAGACUGAAAUCCAGCAAGCUCAAGCUGUCAGCCAAGAUGACCACCAUUGGCGUGGCGGCCUCUCCAGCAUCUUCCGCCGACGCCGAGAUGGACGCCGCCAGGCCGGGCCUACCCAGAUCUCGGAAGUGUUCCAUGAUUCCUCUGAGGAGGUCUGGGAAAUGCCCACCGGAGCCGAAGAAGAUGUUCCCCUCGAGUUUGUCGGUCCUCGAACCAAUGUCGACGAACUUUCCAAGCCAACCACUGAGAAAGACCUCCCCGAAUGCUCCAUCUGCCAAGAUGACCAAUAUGGAGAUGGCCACCACGCGGUCAAGCUUAAUGCGUGCGGUCACAUUUUUGGGGCAGAGUGCUUGGAAGUAAUGUUCAACCACCGCUUCGCGGCAUCAAAUGCCUGCCCCAACUGCAGGAUCGAACUCGCCACCAAGAAAGAGCGUCGUGCCGUCCACACUUAGGAUCCGCUAAGCAUCCCCCUAGAACGCCGCUGAGGACAUUCCCGUGGCGUUCUCUCACUUCAUCGUUGCGCACAUAUGAGUACUUGUUUCUCAAAGAACUAACUUGAUAACUUUGACUUCUCGCAAGGGGAGAGUUGGGCAAAUGAGAGCGACGGCAGCCGUUGAAGCUUAGAUUGCGUUCCUACCCUAAAUGGUAGAAUGAGGCGUUUAGAUACCACAAUACAAUAAAUACCCC